AGGCUGAACAGAAGGGAGUAGGACGCACAUUCUGCAAGUUUACCCGCCAGACAAGACCUUGGUUGCUUUUUUUCGUUUGAGAGUUGUUUCUGGGGAGUUUAUUUUACCUGGACCCAAGUCAUGCACUGAACUUCGCUGAACACUUCUCGCCAAUUACAGUAUGCUUAUAGUCGUCUUCCUCGUGACUUGUGUCUUCCCACCGCUAGGAUGGAGUUUACAGGUGGACUAUUGUCCGUGCCGUCAAGCAGUAGAGCGUGAAGGACAUGGCCUUAUGACUUCCCACCGUCACCCCAGGCACCUUCACCAUCAGAGACCCAGCAGGAGGCACCGCAUGAGAGGUCCCAAAUCCCGCUCUGACGAGUUUAUGCCUCGUAUCGUUGAGCACCCUUCGGACCUUGUGGUGCGGCGAGACCAGCCAGGCACCAUGAACUGUCGCGCUGAGGGGAAUCCGCCGGCCACGAUAGAGUGGUACCGGAACGGCGAGUAUGUGGAUGUCUCUAAGGCGCACGGUGCCCUCAUCCUAGGCGGGUCUCUCUUCUUCUAUCAUAUUAAAGGAAAGUCUGAUGAGGGGGUUUACACCUGUCUGGCUAGAAAUCGCCUGGGGACGGCACUCAGCAGGAACGCCUCACUCACCAUCGCUGUGUUAAAGGAAGAGUUUCGCCAGGAGCCCUCAGACAAGGUGGUGGCCACUGGGAAGCAGCUGCUGAUAGAGUGCUCGCCGCCCAAAGGACACCCGGAUCCAGUGGUGACAUGGAAGAAAGAUGGCGUCCUGCUGGACCGGAACAGCAGCCAUUAUACGUUUGCUGCUGGUAAGCUCACCAUUGCCCGCGCACUGAGGACGGACUCUGGGGUCUACAUCUGUGUCGCUGCCAAUCAGGCCGGAGAGAAGACAAGUCGUGCUGCGCAGAUCUCUGUGUUGGAACCCCCCCAGUUCACCAGUAAGCCAGGAGACGUGGUCACAAAGUCUGGAAGCACUGUCCAGUUUCUGUGUGGAGCACAGGGGGUCCCCAGACCUGUUGUACAAUGGAGCAAAGAGCAGGGAGCGCUCCCUACUGGGAGGUACGCAAUCACUAAUGAGAACACAUUAAGCCUUCAGAGAGUAACAACUCAGGACUCGGGGAGAUAUUUGUGCACGGCCAGAAACCAGGUGGAUGCAGUGACUGCUUCAGCCCAGCUGGUGGUAGAAGAUCCUCUAGACACUGGUCAGAGGGACAGGCAGAAGGAAAUCACUGCAGAACUAUCCAAUGUGCGAGUGUACCUAGACGUGGUGGCAGUGCAGAACUCGUCCUCGGUCAGGGUGCAGUGGAGGGUGUCCCCGGUGUCCCAAUACACUGAAGGCUAUGCCGUGUUUUAUCGCCCUCAUACCCCGGCGAAUUCUGAUUGGGUGAAAUGGCAUGUGGCCCCGGUUAGCGUGAACAGCAUCGUCAUUCCAGCCCUGCGCAGAGGACGGCGAUACGAGUUCAAAAUACGACCGUAUGGACGGACAGUUUAUGGCGCAGACAGUAACAUCAAACACAUCCAGGUCCCUGAGGAAGUUCCCGGCUACGCUCCUCGGGAUGUCAAUGUCACCAUGGCUGGCAGUGGGAACGGGACGUUGAUUGUGAGCUGGGAGCCUCCUACACAGAACGCGGACAUUAAGGCUUAUAAAGUUUGGUGCUUUGGAAAUGAGACCCUUUAUGAAGCCAACUGGACAGUGGAUGGAGCGACCAGGAGCCUGGAGAUUCCUAUGCUGCCUGCGGGUAUCAAGUACCAAGUUCAAGUGGCAGCAAUCUACGAUGCUGGGAUGGGAAGGCCGAGUAAUCCCAAAUACGUCUUUAUAGAACCUUCGGAUGUGCGGAAAGAAACUCGGGAAGACAAGAUUCCUCUGGAUCUGAUCCUUCAAGUUAUAAAACACCCGGCUUUCAUAGCGUCGGUGGGUGCGGCGAUAUGGAUCAUUCUGAUGGUGACAGUGGUCUACCUGUGUCGGCGGCACUCAAAGCAUUACAGCACCAAGAAGCACAGUGGCCUCUAUCGGUUUGCAAGUGAAGACACCAUCAUUAAACACAGGAUGGACACAAGUGACUCCCCGUGGCUCUCAAACACCUGGAAAUCGGCAUCGUGUUCUAGAGACUACAGCAGCACAACCAGCAUGAACAGCCAAUUACUGUGGAUGGAAAACAAGGACACCGCCGACUUCCAUAAAUCUACGGUCUCAUUUGAGCGUAAAAGUGACAGCAGCCUGAGCAGGAUCAUCCCGCUGGUUCCGGAUAGCAGCAGUAUGUACAGAGCACUGUACGUGGACCUUCCUGGGAAAGACCUGACCACCUUCCAGCGCCCCGUCUCUGCCAGACCCCCAGGGAUGGGGCUCAAUGCUCGAUGUCCUGUACCGCUAGGACUGUAUGACCACAGGCCGUUCCCGCUUUGUUUGAAUCACGGCAGCGCGAACAGCCUCGCACAAGGCGGUACAAGAAAUAAGAUCACGCAGAAACCUGUGGUCCCUGUGCCACCGAAUGUGGCCCUAAAGGAGCCCUGGAGCCAGAACUGCAAAAGAGAGCUGCAUCACGUGAAUAGCGCGCCUCUCUCCCCGUAUCGCCAGACCGCUGAGCAGAGCGACCGAGCACCCAGCGAGAAGAGCUCUGCUGGAAACCAAGCCGGAAAAGGAGAAUACGCCAAAGUGAUGAAGACGUUCAGCUCCCCUAAAAUUCUCCACUACACCACCUCCCUGAAAGUGAUGGACUUCCUACCAUACAGCCCUUCUCUCCCGCCUCCCCCCGUCCCCCCACCAAAGGAGAAGUUAUCCAGCGACCGGCAGGACAAAGUGGUCUCAGAUUCUCCGGCCUAUUCUGACCCCCGUGAGGGAGUCGUCCACAAGCAGACUGUCUUCAGUAAGAGAAAGCCUCCUCCCAGCACAUUAGUGUUUAACCAUGCGGCAUCCAGAUCAGCCUCCAUGUCUGUCAGUGACGAUAACGUGCUGACGCCGGAUGACGUGGCUCAGUAUCUAGAACUUAGUGACCGAGGAGACAACACCAGGCAUCCUUCUGAGAGUGACGCGACCCUUCCCAGGCCAUUCACCUCCUCUAGCUCAUACGGCUACAUAUGCAGCCCAUUGCCAUCAGACCUGGGAGAAGUGGAUGCGGCGGAUGAAGACGACGACGACGACCUGGAGCUGGGAGAAGUCAGCUCGCUGAAGUCCUACCGCAAGUACUGCGAGACUCCCACCUCUAGUAUCAGCGAAUACGAGAGUUCUAUGGCUGGCUCUCUGAUCAAUGGCUGGGGCUCGGUGUCGGAGGAUAACUACACCAGCGCCCGAUGCAGCAUGGUCAGCUCCUCUGACGGCUCUUUCCUAAUGGAUGCGAACUUCGCCAAAGCCCUCGCCGUGGCGGUGGACAGUUUCUGCCUCGGCAUGUCUCAGUCUGAGGCAGCAGGAGGGGACCGCUUGUACACCGAUUUCUCGCCAUCUGCGUCCCCCCUGGAUGGAUUGCUAGCAGGGCAGAACCAGGGCGAAAGUGCAGAUCUUAACCACAGAAAACCGAAGGUGACCCCGCUGCCCGUUCUCGACUGGAACAUUGAUUGGAUGGACGAACUGGAGGCAAAGUACAGUCAGAGGAACCAAAGAGCCUGUAUUCCCUAAGUAGCAAGAUGGAACCAUUCAAGUAACCGUCCUCACUCAUCCCUUGUGGCGAUCUGCCAGUGAUUGCACCCCUAUAAUACCGGGACAGACGCAGGCCCUAAUCCGAUCCCAGUCACCAGAGGCUUUAUGGAGAACGUUCCCAGUACAAAGUACAGGACCAGCACCUGCGCCACUGGACCAUACUGGAUGAGGAAGAUCCAGACCCUGCUUCAUGACAUCACUUUAUCUCUUGAACAAUUCCAGAAAGUGGUUCAGAUUAGAGAUGUGCCACCAGUUCUCCGUGUGUAACGUGACAGAGGUCCACUGACCGCUCAUGUCUUUAUAUGGUGUAUGGCGUUAUGUAACAUCAUCUCUUACUCCUUAUUAGGUUGUUACAUGGUAUCUGUGACGUCACCGCUUGUUCUAAUGCCGCAGGCGGACGUUGUUGCGAUCUGAUUAAUUUAAAUCUUGUUGCUUCUGUGGGUCAUUUUGAUUUGUGCUAAAUAUCUUAGAACCUUAACUUUAACCACUCACAUUUACAUUACUCUGUGUGUGAGCUUAGCUCCUAAAGUAAUAUACUACAUUACGUAGUCUGUGUAUUCUAUAAGGUAGAUACGAGCCCAGUAUUAAACUGCGUCAGCUGCCAUUUAACCCACGUUACUAACUUUCUGCAGUGUUUACAUAUAUAACUUUCUGCAGUGUUUACAGUGUUCCUGUAUAUAUAAUGUACAUAUUAUGAUGAUCGGGAUAAUAGGAUAAUUGGUAAACGCUACUUUGCCCGUCAGUGGUUUAUUAUAGGAAGUUUAUGUAAUGACAGAUCCAGGUGUUGCCGUACAUUCUGUAUGUAUCAUUUCUAUGUCUAUAAAUACAUUUUUGGGGUUUAACAAAUAUUCACGGGGAUGCGACUAAUUGAUUCAUUUGGGAUUGGAGCCACCGAUGAGGCAGGAGGCUCUAGAUCCCGAGGCAUCAAUAGGCUGAGCACUGGAUCCGCCUACAGAAUAUCGGCCUCCGCCGUGUAGACGAUGGGAACAUUUAGAUUACUGUUACAUGUAAAUGUUCUCCUGCUGCUGUGGCUGGUAAGGCCACGUAAGAGUCCGGGUUUGUAGCGAUGUUACCCUAGAUUGUCAGUCACUGAGAUUCCUACAAAUGUGCAAAUAAAUCCUAUAUUAUGGAA